CGAGUCCUGUCCAGGCCGACUCCCCAGCUUGGCGCCGCCACAGCCACGCCGCCUAGCACUAUAGUUCUUCCCUCCCCCCCCCCCCCCCCUUCCUACCGGCCGCCUGCCUCCAAUCCGUCCUGUUGGCUCCGAAUUUUCAAUCAAUCUUUGUAACAACAGCUAGCUUCUCCUCCUCCUUUGGGCACGCGGUUCUUCGAUCCGAUUGGUUUCGCAGAUGGAGAUGCCGACGCGGGGUCUGCGCAGGCAGGUGGCCGCUUCCCUGUGCCGCACAAGUCCCUCUCCUUGGAUAUCAAGGGCAACAAGACUGACAUUGUUAUCAGCAAAUACGAAGAUAACUUUCUGGUCAUUGUGACACAGAUUGGCUGCAUGGGAACCAUAUUAGCUGCUAAGAAAGAUGAAAGUGUUUUCUCUGAUCCAACCUACAAUGUAUCUGUUCUUUUUGGGAAGAGGGAUGAGCCACUCCUGCUAGCUUGUGCACGCCAACUUAUCGAGCAUAUAAGUGGUAGUGGCUCAGCUCGGCCGUUGGUGAUCUCUCUUGGUUUGAAGGAUCAUUCCCAGGGAACAUUGAAAGAUGUAGUUUCUGCCAUUGUUGACAACCCCCUAUGGUGAUAACUUUGCAAAGGUUGGGAUGGGCAUAUACAUGUUCGGUUCAUCUACAGAGAUAUUGACAUGCACAAGCUGUCAGAGCAAAAUCAGCCCUUGUUUAUCAUGAUGCAUGAAUAUCUCUAGAAAUUAUGUAAUUACUCCCUCCGUAAAGAAAUAUAAGAGCGUCUUAGUGAUCUAAACGCUCUUAUAUUUCUUUACGGAGAGGGAGUAUAAUUUAUUCCAGAUUCAGUUAUCAUGAGGUGAUUUCCCCACUAAAAUGCGUAAUGAUCAAUAUAUUUCCCUAAUGUAGCUUAGGGGUUGCUACUUGAAAGUAUUUACAAGAUUUAAAAACCUGUUUAAUGGUAA